ACGAUCAUUGCCCCUUAAAACCCUAAUCUGACUAAAUCAGCCUUUUCUUCAAUUUACCGAUGAAGCUUCGUAUUGGAUCAAAUCCAUGGACAAAUUCUCCCAUUUCUAGGUUGCUGAGAGUUGUGGCGUACUCCACGAAGACCCUCAGCCGCCCCAGCGCCUCCCCUUCGAAGCCACCCGACACUCUGCCCAUUCGCGUCUCUCGUUCCGGCGAUCCCAAAGCCUCCAUCGUCCCGGUGCUCAACCAGUGGCUUGAAGAAGGCAAACCCAUGAAGCAAUCCAUGCUCCAAAUUAUAAUCCGACAGCUCCGCAGGUUUCGACGCUACAAGCACGCCCUUGAGGUAUCAGAGUAUAUGGGCGAAGAAAUGAAAUAUAAUAUUUCCGUUGGGGAUACGGCUGUAAGGUUGGAUUUGAUCUCAAAAGUGCACGGCGUGGAUCAAGCUGAGAAAUAUUUCAACAGUCUUCCUGAGGCAAUGAGGAAUUUCCAGGUAUAUGGUGCCCUUUUAAAUUGCUAUGCGAACAAUAAUUGUCUAGAAAAAGCAGAGGCUACCAUGCAAAUUAUGAGGGAAUCGGGGCUUCCAGCCAAUGCGGUGUCCUAUAAUGUAAUGUUGAAUCUCUACCAUCGCCUAGGAAAACACGACAUGUUAGAUGUCCUUAUGCAAGAGAUGACAGAUAAAGGAAUUAAGCAUGAUGCGUUCACGAACAGUAUUCGGCUGAAUGCUUAUGUAUCGUCUUCCGAUAUCGAGGGGAUGGAGAAAUUCCUGACUAGGAUAGAGAAUGAUGUUGAAAUCACCCUGGAUUGGCAUGCUUAUGUUAUUUCAUCAAAUGCUUACUUGAAAGCCAAGUUAACUGAAAAGGCUUUACAAAUGUUGCGUAGAGCAGAGCAACUAGUUCCUCAGGGAUCAAGAAAGCAUGCUUAUGAAGUGUUCCUCACAGUAUAUACCAAUCUACGGAGGAAAGAUGACGUAUAUCGUACAUGGAGGUUGUAUGGAAACUUGGGGAAAUUCUUUAACUCCGGCUAUUUAUGUAUGAUAAGCUCGUUGGUGAAGUUGGAUGAUUUGGAUGGUGCUGAGAGGGUUUUGGCAGAGUGGGAGUCUGGAUACUCAUUUUUUGAUGCUAGGAUUCCAAAUGUGAUGAUCAGUGCCUAUUGCAGAAAGGGUUUCGUUGAGAAGGCUGAAGCAUAUACGAAGAGACUGAUAGAAAGAGGUGACAUUAAAGAGCCUGAUGCGUUUAUAUUAAAUAGUCUGGCAACUGGAUAUCAAAUGGACGGCCAGAUGGCUAAGGCAGUGGAAACCUUGAGGGCUGCAAUAUCGUCUAGCAGUUUGGGAUGGAAACCCAACACUGGUACUUUGGCUGCCUGUCUCAAAUUUUUGGAAGGGACUAAUAACUUAGAAGCGGCAAAAGAGCUGUUGAAGUUACUUAAUGUCAAAGGCCAUUUGUCCAUUGAUGUUUAUGAUAGAUUAGUAAGGACUAUUGUGGACGGAAACGUGGAUGACAGUUCCCUUGCCCGGAUAACAGGAGGCAGUGAAGCUCCUGAUGAAGAAAGUACAAGGAUUCAUGGAGGUCAAAAUGAGGGUAUCAGCUGACUCGAUUUCUGUACUUGAUUAGGCAUCUAAUUGUGAUAUUCUGAUUGUCAUUUUUAUUGUGUUACUACAAUGACCGACUGUGUUGGCCUUCGAUCCUCCUUUGGCUUUAACUUUGUUCUAGUAGCAUUGACUAUGAAUGUAACAUUUAUUAAAUAUAA